GGCCGAGAGGGGGCGGCAGGCGAUGGCGGCUGCGGCAGCGGCGGCGGGUCUGUUAGGCUGGUUGUUCGCCGCGCUUUGCCUGGGCAAUGCCGCGGGGGAGGCCGCGUUGGGCCCGCGAGUGUUGGGCUUCUGUCUGGAGGAGAACGGAGCGGCGGGCGCGGGGUGGGUACGCGGAGGGGUGGCGCGGGACACGCCGGACGCCACCUUCCUCCUGCGCCUCUUCGGCCCGGGCUUUGCCAACAGCUCCUGGUCCUGGGUGGCCCCCAAGGGGGCGGGCUGCCCGGAGGAGGCGGCGGCCCCCGCGGGCGAGUGGCUUGCGCUGCUGCGCCUGCGCCUGCGGGCAGAGGCAGUGCGCCCGCACUCCGCGCUCCUGGCAGUGCGCGUGGAGCCGGGCGGCGGGGCGGCUGAGGAGGCGGCGCCGCCCUGGGCUCUGGGCCUGGGGGCGGCCGGGCUGCUGGCGUUGGCGGCGCUGGCGCGGGGCCUGCAGCUGAGCGCGCUGGCGCUGGCGCCGGCCGAGGUGCAGGUGCUGCGCGAGAGCGGCUCGGAGGCAGAGCGUGCGGCGGCGCAGCGCUUGGAGCCCGUGCGGCGCUGGGCUGGCUGCGUCUUGGGCGCGCUGCUGCUGCUGGCCAGCCUGGCGCAGGCGGCGCUGGCGGUGCUGCUGUACCGCGCGGCCGGCCAGCGUGCGGUGCCCGCCGUGCUGGGGAGCGCGGGGCUAGUGUUCCUGGUGGGCGAGGUGGUGCCGGCCGCCGUGAGCGGACGCUGGGCGCUGGCGCUGGCGCCGCGCGCGCUUGGCCUCAGCCGCCUGGCCGUGCUGCUCACCCUGCCCGUGGCGCUGCCCGUGGGGCAGUUGCUAGAGCUGGCGGCGCGGCCCGGGCGGCUGCGGGAGCGGGUGCUGGAGCUGGCGCGCGGUGGCGGCGACCCCUACAGCGAUCUCAGCAAAGGCGUGCUGCGCUGCCGGACCGUGGAGGACGUGCUCACACCCCUCGAAGACUGCUUCAUGCUGGACGUCAGCACCGUGCUGGAUUUCGGCGUCUUGGCCAGCAUCAUGCAGAGCGGCCACACGCGAAUCCCCGUGUACGAGGAGGAGCGCUCCAACAUAGUGGACAUGCUCUACCUCAAGGACUUGGCCUUCGUGGAUCCCGAAGACUGUACACCGCUCAGCACCAUAACUCGCUUCUACAACCAUCCCCUCCACUUCGUCUUCAAUGACACCAAGCUGGACGCUGUCCUGGAGGAGUUCAAGCGAGGGAAGUCCCACCUGGCCAUUGUGCAGAAGGUGAACAACGAGGGUGAGGGCGACCCCUUCUACGAGGUCCUGGGCCUAGUUACCCUGGAGGAUGUGAUCGAGGAGAUCAUCAGGUCCGAGAUCCUGGACGAGUCAGAAGACUACCGAGACACUGUGGUAAAGAGGAAGCCUGCUUCUCUGAUGGCCCCUCUCAAGAGGAAGGAGGAGUUCUCCUUGUUCAAGGUGUCUGAUGAUGAACAUAAAGUAAAAAUCUCGCCUCAGCUGCUCUUGGCCACCCAGCGCUUCCUGUCCCGAGAAGUGGAUGUAUUCAGCCCACUGCGCAUCUCUGAGAAGGUCCUGCUGCACCUGCUGAAGCAUCCCAGCGUCAACCAGGAAGUGAGGUUUGACGAGAGCAACCGCCUGGCCACACACCACUACCUGUACCAGCGCAGCCAACCGGUGGAUUACUUCAUUCUUAUCCUACAGGGCAGAGUUGAAGUGGAGAUCGGGAAAGAGGGCCUGAAGUUUGAGAAUGGGGCCUUCACGUACUAUGGAGUGUCGGCCCUGACCGUGCCAUCCUCGGUUCACCAGUCCCCGGUGUCCUCGCUCCAGCCCAUCCGCCAUGACCUGCAGCCCGAGCCAGACAGCACGCGUUCAUCUGCAUAUUGUCCCGACUACACCGUCAGGGCGCUCUCUGACCUGCAGCUCAUCAAGGUUACGCGGCUGCAGUACCUCAACGCACUCCUGGCUACCCGAGCCCAGAACCUGCCACAGUCCCCUGAGAACACUGACCUGCAGGUCAUCCCAGGCAGCCAGACCAGGCUCCUCGGUGAGAAGACGGCCAUAGCGGCAGGGUCCAACCACAACAGGCCUGGCAUCCCGGCGGAAGGCAGCCCUGGGCGGAACCCAGGUGUUUAACUGCUUGCUAGGCAGCCCCAGAUCUGGGGAACAGAUGAGCACGUGGGGAGCUGGAGUGAGCCAAGCAGAAGCUUCAUUCCUGCCUGCCCCCAUCCCCUCCAGGCCACGUUUUAGAUGGCCCUUGUAGAUGUGGGUCCUGGGUGUCCUCAGAACUUGACAUCAAUGCCUGGAUCCUUCAGCCAGCCCUGCCCUACUUUAGAAGAUGGGGGUCACCAGGGCACAGCUUUCCAGCCCUGCGUCAGGAAGGAACGAAAGGAGCACCAUCUAUAGUCCCCAGGGCCCUGGCCUCCCCGUCUCCCCAGAGACUGGGACAGUGCAACAUAUUCAGACCUCUUUGGGCCAAGCCACCUUGUGAGUGCAGUUACUACCUUAUGUGGCCGUGACCUGUACUCGCUUUGCUUUUAAUUUGCCAGCCUACCACUGCUGGCAGCACUUUUUGAGCAAACCGAGAGCACCCGUUUUGGUGUUGGUUCAAAUCCAUGACCUUGUCCACGGUGUCCUUUCCAGUUUCCCUGAUGGUGCCACGUUUCAGAGCAUGCACCCCAGCCUUUCCCAUGUGCCAAACCAGAAGCUCCGCUGCCUGUAGGCUGUUCCUGUAGCUCUUCUCCCUCCCUGGAGGCUACUCUUCUGACCCUGAGAGCUAGCCUAGUGAUGCCAAGGGCCCCUUCUGCUUCUCUGCCCACCUGCUGAGUUGCCACUCACAGCAUUGUCAGUUCCUGUGUUCUGAGAAGAGGUCACGCUUGGGAGGAAGGGAUCGUCAUGCUGCAUCACAUCCUCUCCACCGUGUGGCCCCGGGAGAGUGGCCGCCUGUUGCACCUGCCACACACCUCCCCACAGCCUCCCUGCAGGUGCUGUAUGGCCGUGAUGUGCAGAGAGCACCUAGGGAGGGUUUAUGCACCAGGUAGAACCUCAUGACCUUUCUUUAAAAAAAAAAAAAAUCAGUUUUUGUUAUAUCUCUAGAACAUUCCGAGUCUUUUCCUUUUUUUUUGUUCCUAGCUAUGGGGUUUUAGAGAAGUGGGAACAGGAAGGCAUUUGUCUUUCUUCUAAUUUGCUAUAUUUUCCUUCCGCAGUUCUUGAGCUGUGUGGAAACCAGGGCAUUACAAGGACAUAGGAUCAUAGAUUGGGGGUAGGGAGGGAGGAGGAUUUGUGGGACUUUUCUCAAAGGAAUUUGGACCCUUACAAAUGGGACUGAAGGCCAAAAGAACAGUGGUAUGCUUGCUUAGAAAUUGUCCUCAAUGAAUCAACUCUAAGGGCAAGCCCAGGUGGGAAACAGAUGCUUUAAAGUCCUCUC